AAAAGUUGCCUAACUUCAGAUGACACCUGUUAACUCAACCCAGUUUGCUUGUCAUCCCCUGAUGGUUAUUCAUGUGGAUUGAGAGGAACCCACCCACUCUCUUUGCAAGUAACCAGCAGAGCUUUUAAUUCAACUGCUGGUGGACAGCCAGUCAGCUGCAGAUUGGGGAGUUGUGAGUAAGACCUCACACCUUGCUUAUCCUUCACAUUACUUGUGUACCAAACAACCCAGUUCCUCAUAUUAGCAAGGGACCAAGUGACAACAGAGCAAAAUUCCUUCGUGUUGACAUGAAGUCUCCAAAGCAAGGAGGGUUCUGUGUAUUAUUUCUGCUGAUUCUGCCAUUCCUGGCCCUGGGGACCCUUGAACCAGACUGUGUCGCCAUCACAGAGUGGAAACAGAAUGAAACCGACUGCUUAGAAGAGAUCCAGCUGCACAUGAACGAAACCGCAGGUUGCAAAAGACUCUGGGACCGGCUUCUGUGUUGGCCAGAUGCAAAUCUUGGAGAGUCGUUUUCUUUCAAUUGUCCAGGCAUCAUUUUCCACUUCACAAAGGAAUCAGGUAAAGUGAAGCGAAGUUGCACCGACCAAGGCUGGUCUGAUCCGUCUCCACCGUAUUCGGAAGCUUGUUCCAUAGAAGAUGACAUCUCUCUGGAUGAAAUUUCUUUCUUUUCAACGAUCCAAACCAUCUAUACGGUGGGUUACAGCAUUUCAUCUACCACUCUGACCGUGGCAAUCUUUAUCCUCUUGGCCUUCAGGCGACUCCGUUGCUCAAGGAACUACAUCCAUGUCCACCUUUUCGUGACUUUCAUCUUGAAGGCCAUUGCCAUCUUCAUCAAGGACUCCGUUCUCCUGGACAGCAAAGGGAGUGAUUACUGCACCUACUCCACGCCCGAAUGUAAGGUCUCGAUGGUGUUCCUUAACUUUUCCACCAUGGCCAACUUCAUGUGGCUCUUAGUAGAAGCUAUCUACCUCAACUGCCUGCUCCUUUCGUCCUUUUCCCACGGAAGCAAAUACUACUGGUGGCUUGUCCUCUUUGGAUGGGGUGUCCCAACGUUCUUCACCACGCUGUGGAUAGUACUGAAAGUGUAUUUUGAAAAUGUUUUGUGCUGGGAUGCGAACCAAGGCUCCCCUUACUGGUGGGUCAUCCAAGGCCCCAUCAUGGUCUCUGUUGCGGUCAAUUUCAUUCUUUUCAUCAAUAUUGUCCAAAUCCUGAUGAAAAAACUGAAUCCCAGACACGUCCAUGUGAACAACUCGUUUCAAUACAGGCGCUUCUCUAAGUCGACUCUGCUUCUCAUCCCCUUGUUUGGAACUCAUUACAUCAUCUUCAACUUCCUGCCCGAAUACAGCCACGUGGGAGCCCGUCUUUACUUGGAGCUGUGCAUUGGAUCGUUUCAGGGCUUUGCCGUUGCCUUUUUGUACUGUUUUCUGAAUCAGGAGGUACAAGCAGAAGUAUGCCGGAAAUGGCGAGGCAACAAUUAUGAAUUUAUGAUGCCCAUUAGGAGGAGGAAGACCAAAUGGACGAUGCCCACCGCUUCCGGAAUCAAAGUGACAAACCUGAUGUUUAAGAAUUAA